GAAGCAUCAAGGAAACCUUUCCAGAAGCCUAAAGCAACAGCUGAGCUUCAGGAAGGAUAUGAUGUCACAAAAUUGUAUGAUCAAGCGGGUAAUGAUAGUUUCAUGAAGACUCCUCCGAGUCCACCUUUUGCUUUUAGAAGCCAGGAUACUCCUCAAACUCCAGCUUCUGGUCUCAAAUACCAGCAAGAUCCUCGGAGUCCAACUUCUGGUUUUAAAAGCCAGCAGCCUCCUCGGAGUCGAACUUCCGCUUUGAAGAGCUGCAAUGCACCUAGGAGUCCAAUAAGUGCUGCCAUCUAAAGCCAGGUUGUGAAAACAACAAAUAACAGAACAAGGAUUCCUUCUCUUCAACUACCCAAGACACCCGAGCCACUAAUAACAUCUACAAGUAAGAACAAGGCAGGAAUGCAAAGUAACCGUACAAUUUCAUCUGAAUUCCAGAAGCCUUUGACUAGCAGUACUCAUGGAAAGGGAUCUCAAAUAUGAAGAUCACUUCAGACUAUUGGGAAACUUUGACUAGCAGUACUCAUGGAAAGGGAUCUCAAAUACGAAGAUCACUUCAGACUAUUGGGAAACUGAUUAAUGGUUCUGAUAUAAAGAACCAACAGAAAAGGACUGAAGCAGCAACCCCAUUAUCGCCUUUUAGUUGGCAAAAUGAGGAGAAUUCAUCAACGGCAUCUAAUGCAAGGACACUGAGAAGACAAUCCUUAACUGGCAUCCCACUACCAACCAUGUCGAGAAGAUCUUCAUUUGGAGGAGGGAACGUGCCAGAUUCUUGUGCAAAUGAAAGUAGAAAUUGCAAAACUCCAGGCGCGUCAGCCAAGUUAACAAAGAGGGGGCUAUGAGGAAACAACACUAAGUAGUUAACACCAAGAAGCUGAUACAUGAAAUAAAGAUUGAAAGACAUAAAUAG